AUGUCGCGCCGGCCUUCGGUGGCGUCCUCGGUAGCGAGCACGAGCAUGUCGCGGUUGCCGUCAAUAUCGAGCCCGCCUCUGCUGCGCUCCUCGUCCUCCUCGCUGUCCUACGUCCAACGCUCGGCGUCUACCUCCGCCGCCAUAGCCAAGCAGCCUUCGAGUCUCGAUCCGGAUGAGCUGUUCACGAAACACUCUGUCGCGGAGGUCAGGAAUGUACAGUUGAGGCUACGCGCCGACGCGGACGCGAAGCAGGAGGAGCUACGGCUGAUGGUUGGCGAGCGCUACCGCGACCUGCUACAGGCGUCUACCUCUAUAAUUGCUCUGGCCUCGGCCUCGGAGCGCGUACGGGCCGCGUUGGACGAGAUGCGCGCCGCCGUACCCGAUCCCAAAGCGCAACUUGAGCUCGCGCUGCCCAGGAGAGCUGGAGACAGUACCAAGAAUGACUCGCACUUGAACGCACUACAAUCCCUCGCCGCACACGCCAAACUGCUGCUGGACACACCCGAGCAUCUGUGGCGGCUGCUCGAACGCAAACGGUUCCUCCCCGCCGCCUGGCUCUUCCUCCUCGCUCGCGUCAUCCACCGCGCCCUCGUUCGGCCCGCGGAAGAAGGCGACGAUGAGGACUGGAAGACGCACGGGAUCGACGUCGAGGACCAGUUCCCGCUCGUCCAACGACAGUGGGAGACCAUCACACCCUUCAAGAGCCAGAUCGCGUACAAGGCUUCCCUUUCACUCAGGGACCCGGCGAUCACUGGGGAGGACAUCUGCGCGGUGCUCCUCACCCUCCAUCUCCUCGACUCGCAACCUCUGCCUAAAACGCUCGACACGCUACUCGCUCAGCGAACUCGCAGCUUACAAGCCGCACUCGCUCAUCCGCCCACACCUGAGGAUCCUCCGACGCGAAAGGCCGUCGUCCGCGCCGUCCGCACCAGCCUCGAAUCCGUGCUCUCAAGCAUCGCGUUGACUCUUGGUGCCGCACGCCGUAUAUUCGAGCCUGCGCACGGGCUUAUGGCCUCCGCACUGACAUACAUCCAAGAGCCCGAUUCGGCCACACCUGACGGUCUACCAGCGGACUUGCAGAUAUCCACAACGUCUCUUCUCGGCUCCCUGCCCUCUGCAUCGUCCCAAAUAACGCUGUUGCCGGAAAGCAUACGCGGCUAUCGACCAUACAUGGGCGCAGACUCUUCACCAGUCGCACACGAGCAUCUAGCCGACCGUUUGGAAAAGUGGCAUACGAACGCGGCGACGGAGCUAGCCAAAGCGGCGGGGACGUGGCUCGGUGCACUGGAUACCCUUGCGGACGUAUGGGCAGUACGGCGUGGUGCGAGCGCAUGGGAGGAAGCCGACGAGCAACUCUCAGGACCAGAGUCCGUUGGCCUUCUUCAAGCUUUGGACACUGCUGUCCACGCACGCGCCGGCUCGAUCUGGCGCGCACAACUGGCCGACAUGUCUACGGCCUUCACAUCCACCCUCUUCCGCGCCCUGGAAUCCCUCUCCACCUCUUCAUCCUCAGACACCGCGCACCUCGACGCCUCGCCCGCAUCCUUCCUCUUCCGGGCGCCCCCGCCUGUAUCGGCACACGAUACGCUCGGUUCAGGCAGUAUGGCGACCCAAUUCAAAGCGUAUGCCGAGAGAUUACGGGCGCAGGCGAAAGGGAGAGCGCCCUUAUUGGCGGAGGUCCUGGACACGCUAGAAAGUCGCGCGGCGGCGCUCGCGGCAGACCUGAAAGCGACAGAGGGCGGUGCGGUGGGAACGGACGCGUAUGCGGCUGAUGCAGACACGUUCUUUGGCCGGAUCGUGGACGCGCUCGAGGCUCAGGCGGGCGAGGCCGCAGAUGCGAAGGUGCUGGCGUUCGUGACGCGUGUAGCGCACGAACUUGUCCGGUCGCCCUUCCUGUCCGAUGUGCGCGCGGGAACGAACGCAGGCACGAAGUUCGAGCAACGCGUAGAUACCUUGCGGACAGGCGCGCUGCGCAGGUGGCGCGCAUUGGCGGUGGGCGAGGUUUUGGCCGUCUACAGCGAUGCGUGGAAGCGGAGUGUAGGCGUCGGCGCCGCCGCAGGUCCUUCAUCCGCGCUCAUGCAGGCCUUGCUUUCCGUCGUGUCAGCGUCAAGAACGGUGCAUGCCUCGGUGUUGCUGGACGCGGAUACGCGCGCGGCAGGGGAGACGUUACGCGCGUUCAUUGAUGCGCUGCUUAUCGGAGAUCUUGCGCCGACAACCGUACAGACGCGCGCGUACGUGUGGGAUUUGCGAUUAUUGAGGAAACUCGCGCUCUUGUGGGGCUCUGGAUGGGAGGAUAUUGUUGAGAGACUGGACGAGCGGAUCACACAGGCCGAAAGCUCGAUCGACGCCCCAUCAUCAUCCUUCAACCCCGACACCGUCGUCUCCGAUCACAUCACCCGCACACACGUCCUCCUUGCGCCGCUACUGCCGCCAGGAACACCGGUCACUACUGGCAAAACAGGUGGAAAGGCCUCCGGCACAGUGAAUGGCUUGGAUAGUAGCGCGCCGCCGACUAUGGAACUCGUCAAGCCCGGACCCAGGUUUGGGCUGUUGCUUGUUGGUGCUGUAGGGUAG